AUGUAUGAGAGAGUAAGCCAGGAGUCUGAGUCUCUGGACGAAGAGAAGCAGUCGACAGGCCUACCGGAGACUCUCGGUUUCCUGCGCGGCGGUACAAAGCCUCUCCGAUCCGCCAUAGAGAUUGAGAAAUAUCGGUUCAGUGGCAAUUUAGACUUUGAUGCCAACGGCACACUGUUCAUCACGGAGCCUCCCAAUGCGGUGAAUUACGUGGGCGAACCGAGCAAGGAGAUAGACAGGGCGUGGAGAGCAUUGCUCGAAGUUGAUGGUGUUGAUCUCAUCGGCGCAGAGGCAUCUUCAGUUCAAGGAAAAACUCUGAAGAAAGACAGCGGACAUUACCUAGUUGGAAUAGACGGCUUCCAUCAAAUACACUGUCUGAACAUGAUUCGCCGUGCUCUGCGCCCUGACUACUAUCCCAUGAACGACCCCGAGCCUGUCUUCAAGACGCACAUCAACCACUGUGUCGACUACGUACGUCAAGCACUCAUGUGCAACAUUGACGUCACGCCCUUGCUAGUCACUUGGAAUGAGAGAAUGAAUCGUCCCAUGCCCAAUUUUCAGGCUCUUCAUACGUGUCGAAACUUUGCAAAAGUCAAGAGCUGGAUGAUGAAAAGGAAUGGACUUAACCAUCCCCUCCCCUUUGCCCCGGGACGACCGAGGCCCGCUCCCGGCUAG